AUGGAUGCGCAAAAAUUGCAGGAGUUUUUUGAUGGAGUUGCACAAGUUAUUGGUGAAACCAAUGUUUCCCGUCAGCCCUCUUCGGGUGGAUUGAAGGAUCUCUCCGGUUCGACGGCCUAUGGUGACCCCUUUGCAUCCCCUACAAACCAUGACCCUAGUGGAGCCGUGCGUCCGAAGAGCGUCGAAGAAGUUCGGAAGAUUGUUCGACUGGCGAAUCAAUAUGCCAUCGCUCUGUGGACUGUUUCUCGAGGUAAAACCUCGGUCGUCCAGGGAACCGUUGUGCUGGACCUCCAUCGAAUGAAUACGAUCGUUGAAAUUAAUGAGGAGUACUGCUACGCUAUCGUAGAGCCGGGUGUAUCCUUCUUCGAUCUGUAUGAAGAAAUUCAAAGACGGGGCCUCAAUCUCUGGCCGUCCGUGCCAGCCAUUGGCUGGGGUUCCGUUCUUGGAAAUACUACAGAUCGUGGAUUUGGCUACACCCCUUUGGGAGACCAUGCUCAAGCGCAAUGCGGAAUGGAAGUGGUUUUGCCAAAUGGCGAGUUGCUGCGGACUGGUAUGGGUGCAAUGGAUGGUAGCCAGAUGUUUGCGCUUUAUAAAGGCGGCUUUGGUCCCAGCGUGGACGGACUUUUCUACCAGUCUAACUUGGGAAUCGUCACAAAGAUAGGCAUCCAAAUGAUUCCGGCCCCAGAAGCCUACGCUACUGUCGAAGUCGACGUGCCUCAAGAAUCUGAUUUAGUAGCCCUUGUAAGCAUCCUAUCAGACUUGAUGCGUCGCUCCGUUAUAUUAAAUUCCUCAUCAAUCGCGAACAUCUUUCGCAUUGCGCUCACGUCGAGGGUCCCAAGUGUUCACGAGACGUUGCAAAAAUAUAUGAAACCAAACAGCUGUGUACCCUAUGAUGUACUCGAGAAAAUCCGUGUGGAGCAAAAAUGGGGUUUCUGGCGAGCAUACUUCUCCCUGUACUCGCAGGUUGAGAUGCUUCCUGGAUUACUCCAAACUACCCGCCGUGCAUUCAACGCCAUCCCCGGAGCUACUAUGACGUGGCGCGAGUUAUCUGGGAAGCCUGGCGAGUUUAUUACGGCCGCUAUGAUCAAGUCAGAAGAAAUUCCUCAAAGUGGUAUUCCAACGCUUGCGCCUCUGGAACUUCUCAACAGUCGCCAGAAUCCGGGCGGUCACAUCGACUACUCGCCUCUAUUUCCGCCUUCCGGUCGAGAGCUGUACAAGUGGUAUCUCAAAGCCAAGCAGCGAACAAUCGAUGCCAAGUUUGAUUUCUUCGCAGAUUUUCAUGUGUUUCCUAGACACGUGAUCGGCAUCGAGCUGAUUAUCUACACUGCUGAAGAGGCUAAGAGGGUUGAUCAGCUCAUGCGUCAUGUUCUUCAUGAAGCAGCUGAGAUGGGGUAUACAGCAUAUCGUACUCAUCUGGAUUAUAUGGAUGAGGUUGCCUCGCAUUUCAACUUUAACGGUUGGGCUCUGAGACAGUUCAUUACCAAGCUCAAGGAUUUCUUGGAUCCCAUUGGAGUUCUGUCACCAGGCAAAUCUGGGAUUUGGCCAUCCAGGGAACCGAUCUUGAACUCGAAACCUCGGAUCUAG